UUUUUGUUUUACACUCAAUGGAUUUGGUUGAUGUUACUGGGCUGAUUUCAGUUGACCCAUGAGAGGCAUCCCCAUUUGAAAUUGAACAAAAAGCCGUCUCAACGUCCGUGAUUUGCUUCUCUCCGGCGAAUUCAAUCUCUUUUUUUUUUCCAGUGAAGAUGGGAGAACUACAGGUGGAAAAGCAUGUUAAGUACAUUUUAGCAGUUGAAAAGAGGAAAGAUGAUUUUGAGUCUGUGGUGAUGGAACAUCUGAGGUUAAAUGGGGCAUACUGGGGAUUGACAACACUUGAUAUUUUGGGGAAGCUUGAUGCUGUGGAUCAAGAUGAAGUUAUUUCAUGGGUCAUGCAGUGCCAACACGAAGAUGGUGGAUUUGGUGGUAACAUUGGACACGAUCCACAUAUGCUGUAUACACUUAGUGCUAUUCAAGUCUUGGCCCUAUUUGAUAAACUACAUGUUCUUGACGUUGAUAAAGUGUCAAGCUAUAUUGCAGGCCUGCAAAAUGAAGAUGGAUCCUUUUCUGGUGACAUGUGGGGUGAAGUAGAUACACGGUUUUCUUACAUUGCAAUCUGUUCUCUAGCAUUGAUGCGCCAGUUGGAUAAAAUUGAUGUUGGAAACGCAGUGAAGUAUAUUGUAAGUUGCAAGAAUGUGGAUGGUGGAUUUGGAUGCACUCCUGGAGCAGAAUCUCAUGCUGGGCAAAUUUUCUGUUGUGUGGGAGCUCUGGCAAUAACUGGUUCUCUGCAUCAUGUUGAUAAGGACCUCCUUGGUUGGUGGUUAUGCGAAAGACAAGUUAAAUCUGGAGGUUUAAAUGGGCGUCCUGAGAAGCUUCCCGAUGUCUGCUACUCUUGGUGGGUUCUUUCCAGCUUAAUCUUGAUUGACAGGGUGCACUGGAUUGACAAGGAGAAGCUUGCAAAAUUUAUUUUGGACUGUCAGGAUAAAGAGAGGGGUGGAAUUUCGGAUAGGCCUGAUGACGCAGUUGACGUCUUCCACACUUACUUUGGAGUCGCUGGGCUUUCGCUUCUUGAAUAUCCAGGACUGAAACCUAUAGAUCCUGCUUAUGCGUUGCCUGUUAGUGUCGUAAGCAAAGUUAUCCUUGGGAAAUAAUGCUGUGUCUUCCUUGAUUCUGCUGCAUGAUUGUUUUUGGUAUAAAUUACCAAAAUGUUUGGCGCUUGGAGAAGGUGAUUGGUGUUGUUAGAACUGAAGCACUGUUUUCAUCACCAUGGCUGGAUUCACGUUCCUAUGCCCUAUGCUGAGUAGAUAGGCCUUAUCUCUUGGUUCUUGUGCAACCCAUGUUCGGGUGAAAGUUAGAUAACAGUUUAAUAUAUAUCCCGUUGUCUAUAUUUCCACAUUUUUGUCUUUGUGGGCUCUUGAUUGAAGUAUUUCUCGUGUCUUGGGUUUUACGUCAUGGUGAGUUCAACACCCUGUGCUUCCUUUAGCCUCUAAUUGUAAGUACUCACACAGUUUCUAUUCCUUCGUGUGUUAAACAAUUAAAAGAGUAUUGGAUA